ACCGCCAUACUCUGUGGGGAUAUUGAAAAUAAAUAUUGUUAAAAAUGAGCCCGGAAAGAGAAUCCCAAGAAACAGAGGAUGUAAUGGAAUCGAUUGACGAGCUGAAGGAGAGGCUGUCCUCCAUGAAGAGAAUGAUGGAGGAACGGAAGGCCACAGGGUCGGGCACGAAGGAGCUGUUUCAGGGCCAGGCCAGGUCCCUGCAGGGCACCACCAUGAUCGAUGGGAACUUCUUGAGUUUCGUCUUCGGCGGUUCUUUGGUUGUGAUUCUCAGCGUGUCUGUGUACGCGUUCUAUAACCUGUAUCACGCGGUCCUUAAAAAGUUCCCCUCGCCGCACACGGAGUUGUAAAUUGGACUUUAUCAUGUAGGUAAUAAGUUUCAAAUUGAUAAAUAAAAUGUGAUUUUACUUCUAAGUA